GAAACAAAGACUAUCCAUGCUGUUUGCAUUUGAUAGGCGCAGGAAUAGACUAUUUCUUUACUUCGAAAAGCCAUAAUAACGGCAAGAUUUUGUAAAUGAAAGAAAGACGUUCAUCAGACUGCGAAAAGGUUAACGUGUUAUGUCUUGAUGCCUUUUGAUGCUAUGAAGCUUGUCAACACGAGUACCCUGUGCACUGCGAAAUGAACCGGAUACGAUGUACGAAGUUUCUUUUACUUGUCAUCUUUGUGAGCCUGUUCGCGUAUCUCAUGCUUAAAGACGAGUCCGUUUGUAUCACUGUAAACAGCGUCCAUAAUGCAAUGACUGCGAGAGAAAUUGCUACCUUGUUACAAGGAGGUGAGAAAACGGAGAAGCCCUGGACAGAAGGAAAAGGGGGAAAAGUGUCAAGCAGGGUAAAAGAUAAUAAAGAAGUAAAAGCAGUGGAGGGGAAACAACAAUCACUUCUUGAGAACUUGAUAAAAGCGAGAAAAACGGAGGAAGAAUUGAAAAAGAAUAUUAUCCGGCUAACCACCGAGCUUCGCAGCGUUCAUAAAUUCAGAGGUGGAAGUGAACUGAACAGGCUUAAGAGAGCCGAUGAAUUAAAUCUUCCUACAGUUUUUGUUAUUACUCCUACGUUCAAACGUUUCGUACAGAAAGCUGAGCUUACUCGAGUCUAUCAAGCUCUGAAGCCUGUCAAAAACCUUCAUUGGAUUGUGGUCGAAGACGCUGUUAAUAAAACUGACUUAGUUGCGAAUUUUCUGAGGACUUCGGGUUUGAAGUACACUCAUCUAAAUGUAAGAACUCCUGACAUUUUACGCCGCCAUCGGAAUGAAAUGCGACGAAUGAAACCCCGUGGUGUGGUACAGAGGAAUCUGGGUAUUCAGUGGCUACGCGAAAACAUUGAUCCUCACAGAACGUCUGGAGUAAUUUAUUUUGCAGACGAUGACAAUACAUAUGAUAGUAAAAUCUUUGACGAGAUGCGUUGGAUACAAGGAGUCGGUGUUUGGCCAGUGGCAUUUACAGGUGCAGCGCGUUGGGCAGGUCCCUUAUGUAAGAAUGGUAAGGUUGUCGGUUUUCAUGCAAAGUGGGGUCGGUUUCGUCCGUUUCCUAUCGAUAUGGCUGCAUUCGCGGUGAAUCUAAGAAAGCUGUUGAUUGACUUCCCAAACGCCAAGUUUGUAGCAGUAGAGAAGCCUGGAAUGUUAGAAUCAUCAUUAUUGAGCCAAAUAACUAAAGUGGAACAACUGGAACCGGUUACUCCAAACUGUAGCAAGGUUUAUGUGUGGCAUACAAGAACAGAAACACCAAGAGACAGCAUUUUAGGAGAAAAACAGUUGAUAAAAAAAGGAAUGCCAUCCGAUAAAAGCAUCGAAACGUAACCAUGGCCAUCCGAGUCACUUCCCGAUGCAAUUAAGUUCUUCAGUUAUGCCAUAUCACAUUCAAUUCUUAUCUCAUGAAAAAUAUUUAACUCGAUAAGAAUGAGACAACAUUUCAAUUUGGAACAGAAUUUUUCUCAAAUAUUUUCUAGGCUAUGCGCAAUUACAUCUCUAAUAGCGCAGAUAGAGGAAAUAUGAAAUCCCUGUCCCACAUCAGAACGAUGUGUACGCUGUUAUUUCAAAUAAAAAUAAAAACCUUUGUUCCUACAGGGAUUCUUGAAAGAGCACUUUAAGAUCAAGUUUCACAAGAAAAGUUAUCUCAUAUCUGGGAACAACAACAAUA